AUGGCUACUACCGAUGAUUUCUCUGGUUCUGCCUCUGUUGAUAUUAAUAAACCAUUUUGUUUUGAGGGUUUGCACUUUAAGCGUUGGAAACAGAAGAUGCUUUUUUAUCUGACCAUGAAGAAGGUUGCGUUUGUACUCACUGCUAUGAAGUCAGUGGAUUUUAAAAUUGUUCUCAGGCAUAAGACUAAGGAAUUUUCCUUAGAGAGUUUGAUCACCCGCCUUCGUAUCGAGGAGGAAGCAAGGAAACAAGACCAGAAAGAAGAGGUGCUUGUUGUCUCUAACAACAACCCCAAGAAGUCCACACCUGCGGUUCUGAAGCCUAAUGGAAAAAAAUUUAAGAAUCAGAACUGCAACUCGAAUUCAAAUUCCAAUCGCAACAACCAGAAUACUCAUCGAAACAACAAUCAGAGUCGGAACCAAUACAGCAACCAACCUGGAAGGCAGCAACCUCCACCUAAACAAAAUGACUCUGGACAAUUCCUUUGUUACAACUGUAACAAGCUAGGUCAUAUGGCACGCAAGUGUAGGAACAAGCCAAGCACUAUUUCGCAGGCUAACUUGACUGAAGAAGCUUUUAUAGCUAUGAUUUCUGAGAUCAACCUUAUUGGUGGAUCAGAUGGGUGGUGGGUAGACACUGGCGCUUCACUCCAUGUCUGA